AUGUUACUUACACAAUUUUUUCCAACAUUAUUAUUAUUAUUAAUUAUAGUACACAAUUCUUUUUCUCAAUUAAAAGAAGAAUAUAAUCAUUCGUUUUGGAAGGCUUUAUCAAGAGAUUUUCUUGAAAAUAAAAUUAACUACCUCAAAUCAAUUGGUGUUACAAUAACAAAAAAAAAGAAACCUAAAAAUGUUAUCUUAUUUAUUGGUGAUGGAAUGGGAACAACAAUAACUACUGUUAGUCGUAUAUUUAAAAAUCAAAAUAUACCUUCUCAAAAAGAAAAACCUAUCUUUGAUCAAACACCAUUAUCAUUUGAAAAAUUUCAAACAUCAGGAAUUGUACGUACACAUUCUUUAGAUUUACACGUUGGAACAUCUACAGCCGGAGCACUGGCAAUGACAUCAGGACAAAAAACUAAAAGCGGCCUUGUUAAUAUUAAAGCAACAGCUGACUUGAAAACAUGUAAAAUAAAAGAUGAUGAAAAACAAGUAAACACUUUAGUUUAUGAAGCUUUAAAAAAUAAAAUUAAAGUUGGUGUAGUAACGACAACCAGAAUAACCCAUGCAACACCAGCUGCACUUUAUGCUUUUAGUAAAAAUAGAUCCUAUGAAAGUGAUCAACAUUUUAAAACUGAUGAUGAUAGAAAUAAUUGUGAUGAUAUAGCAAAACAAAUUAUUAAUUAUCCAGCAAAUAAAUUUUCAGUCAUUCUUGGUGGUGGUCGUUCAUACUUUUUACCUAAAAAUGAACAAGAUCCAAUAUAUGUAAAUGUUACUGGAUCAAGACUUGAUGGAAGAAAUAUUAUUAAAGAAUGGAAACAACUUAGUACAAAUCAUAAAGUAUUAUUUACAAGAAAUGAUUUAUUAAAUAAAAAUCAUUCCCCUGAAUCAAAUAUUCUUGGAGUUUUUUCACCAUCACAUUUAAAGUACUAUGAAACAAAAGAUGAAUUAGAUAAAGAAACACAACCAACUUUAGAAGAAAUGACAGAAACAGCAAUAAAAUUAUUAUCUAAAAAUAAUGAAAAUGGAUAUUUUUUAUUAAUAGAAGGUGGUUUAAUUGAUGUGGCUGCUCAUGAAAAUAAAGGUUAUGUUGCUUUUAGUGAGACACGUGAAUUUGAUAAAGCUAUUUUGAAGGCACAACAACUUACAAAAGAAAUAGCUUCUAAAGAUAAUUUAUCUAAUGAAGAAGAUACAUUAAUAAUUGUUACAGCAGAUCAUUCACAUCCAUUAAAUUUUAAUGGAUUUCCAACAAGAGAUAAAUCAAUACUUGGAUCAAAUAUGGCAGCAUUUGCCAAAAUUACAGCACCAAGUGACAGUAAAUCACAACCAAAUCUUAUGUUUACAUCUGGAAAAGGAUUUUAUAAAAUGUUUUCUAAAGACCCAAUUCAUGGUGGAUAUAUAAGAAAUAAUUUAACAGAUGAAGAUUUAAUGAAACCAGAUGAUCUAACGCCAAGUUGUAUUUUAAGUGAUUAUGGAUCACAUGGAGGCGAAGAUGUUAGUUCUUUCGUUACCGGUCCAUUAUCAUAUAUUUUUUCGGGUAAUUAUGAUAAUACACAAAUUGCUUAUAACAUCAAGUAUGCCUUAUGCCUUAAUGAAAAAGAGGAAUUUAAUGUUUGUGAUGAAGUUUAUCAAAAAGAUUCUGAAAUUUUGGAUGAAACACUUGAUACUUAUAGAACAUUAUUGGUUUAUUCAUUAUGUAUUUGUCUUAUUUUAAUGUUGAUUCUCGUGUUUGUUACUUUUAAUUACUUCAAAAUGAAAAAAAACUACAAUGCAAAUAACUUGCAAUUAUAA